CGGCAGCUCGGCGUCUAUUGUCGGUGAUUCAACGACGAAACCGUAUGAACUUUUAAACAUAUUUUCACAACGUUACAUACUACCCUCGGACGAAUAACUGUUACUUAAUCUGUGUUGAUAUCUUUAUUCAAUGUGUCGGCUCCCGGUCGGGAAAUUAAAAUGUAGCUGUCGAUUUGUUUAAAAACCGUACGCCGACGUUAGCUGUUAGCUUUAGAAGCCGCUCCGGGGUGGACUUUAUGUGCCCCCACAAAGGCCGUGUUCUGCGUUCUUUUUAAUGAUGUAUCCCUCUUGGGGAAAUUACGGCGCACCUCAGUCCCAAAACUAUGGAGGGUCUGGGCCCCGUAAACCGCCGACUGGCAGCCACACCGGCCAGGCUGCCGGGUUCGGCGGUUUCGAGGCCUCGUCCAGCGGCUCGCUGUUUUCCAGUUUGCAGGAGCAGCACCUGCAGCAGAUGCAGCAGCUGCAGAUGCUACACCAGAAACAGCUACAGUCUGUGUUACAACACGGUGCUGCUGCUGCUGCUGCUGCUCCUCCUCCUCCUCCUCCACCUGCUCCUGCAUACAGCGCUGGACUCUCUGGUGGGUAUAUGGGGUCGUCGUGGCAUUCAGAAGGAUCUGCACAUGUAGACAGCGUUGCUGGCGCUCAGUCUUACUUUAAACAAGAAGAGACUCCGGCACCGACGACGAGAGCACCCCCUGCUCCCAAACAGGGUCACCAGCAGCCUCCUCCGCCUCCACCGCAACCGCAUCCCACGGAGACCCAGCCUAUUCCUCCGCCUCCAGAGCCGCAGCCGUCAAAGCCACCGGAAAACAGCGGCGCUCCCAAACCCAAAGAGGCAUCCACGGCAGAAGACGAGAAAUCCUUAUUUUUGCAGGAGCAGCAGCAGCUCUGGUACAAACAGCAUCUUCAGAAUCUGAAACUUAAGCAAGAGAAAGCCAAACAGAAUCAGAAAGAGGGAGAUGGUUCCGUGCCGCCGCUGCCACCCACAGGCAAAACAGUGCCUCCACCUCCUCCAUCAGAACCACCAAAAAGCACACCACCACCACCACCUCCUAACGAGGAGCCUCCAGCACCACCUCCUCUACCUGAGGAAGUAAAGUUGAAUGAAGCUAUUGCCAGAGAGGAGGCUGUUCAAAAUCUGUUGACCUGUAGUGAAAAUGUAGGAAAACCACCUACAUUUACAGACACACCUGAAGUACCAAAAGACCCAGAGGAAGCUGCUCGUCUCCAGCAGUUACAGGCUGCGGCAGCACAGUGGCAACAGGUGCAACAGCAGAGAGCUGGCUUACAAUACCAGGCUCUCAUGCAACAACACGAGAAACUUCAGCAGAUACUGGAGCAAUACCAACAUCUGAUUCAACAGCCUCCAAACCUACAGUCAAUGUCUGCGGAAAUGCAGCUAAGGCACUAUGAAAUGCAACAGCAACAGUUCACACCUUUAUUCCAAGACUGGAAUCACUCCUUCACCCUGUGGCAUGAGCAAUUCCAGAACUAUCCUCAUAAAGACCAACUGCAGGACUAUGAGCAUCAGUGGAAGCAGUGGAAAGAGCAGAUGAAUGCAACCAAUGCCCAUCUUCAAGAAAGAGUUGCCACUCUCACUGCCAUGGUACCGUUUGCUUCAAGCCAGUAUAAUAGUGGAAUGUUGGGACAAUAUGGCCAGUACCCUGCACAAGAUAUAUCUUUGCAACAGCCAGUAAACCCAGGUAUGCAGCAGUCCCCUGUAGCUGUUGGUCCAAGACUUCAAGGUCCACAGCCUGCUAGCUUUGUAACACAUUCAGAAUCACCUGCUGGACCUUCAGUUCGAGGAAGUGGCCCGAGUGGCAUAGCAGUCCGACCCCCAGUUUCCCAAGUUGUCCAGCCACCAAGUUUCAACAAUGUCAGAGGUCCACGAGGAAACAAUCCCAGAUUUGACCAGCCACAGCAGCAAUUUGAUGGACCUCCAAGGUUUGACCAGCCACAGCAGCGAUUUGAUGGACCCCCAAGGUUUGACCAGCCACAGCAGCGAUUUGAUGGACCCCCAAGGUUUGACCAGCCACAGCAGCGAUUUGAUGGACCCCCAAGGUUCGAUCAGCCACAGCAGCGAUUUGAUGGACCCCCAAGGUUCGACCACCCACAGCACCGUUUUGAUGGUCCCCCUCGAUUUGACCAACCGAGGCACCGCUUUGAUGGUCCACCUAGAUUUGAUCAACAACGGCAGCGCUUUGAUGGACCUCCCAGGUUUGAUCAGCCUCGAUUUGGGCAGCAGCCUAGGUUUGACUCCAUAAGGCACACUGGCCCUUCACCUCGUCUUGAAUGUCCACCAAUGCCGCUAGAAAAACAACAGCAAGGUACCCAACCUAAGGUGGAACCAGCCGCUUCACAACCUCCCACUGUAGAAUCCAAGACUCCAGGAAAAUCAGCUGACAAAUCACAGUCUGAAAAUGAAAAAGGUGAAUCAAAAUCAGAUAAUAAGAGUACUUCUGAAGAUAUGACAGAUGACAACUUGCUUGGAACUGAGGGUUUUUUUGUCCAAAAUGACCCAAUUCCUCAGACAUUACAAACAGACUCAAAACCUGAUGAUUCCAAUGGCAAUGAUACUUCAAACAAUUGUGAAAAACCUGAUUCUGUUAACAGUAAGCCAUCUGUAACUGCUAGUUCUGUUGUUACAUCAAGCACUACAACACAAAAUUCUCACAAACCAGAUGGAACAUUGGUAAACAGCAAACCACCACAGAUUCCAAAGUCUUCAGGAAUCCAACCAGAGCCACAAGGUUCUGUUCAAAAACAGCCAAGACUAGACCUUCCAAAUCCCCCACCUGGUCGGGGCCGAGGCCAGCCCCCAGUGCCUAGCCAGGUGCAAGGACGAGGACGUGGGCAGAGGGGCAGCGGAGAGUUCACGGGACCAAAUGCUGUACCAAUUGCGGAAGAGUUGGGAGACAUGCCUUAUGAUUACAUGCCCCCUGAAGAGAAUUUGGGGAUGCAAGAAGAGCAAGAAGACUAUUAUUGGCAAGAUCCUUCACAUGAACUGUUUGGUGGUGAGGAAUCAGAAAUACCCCCGGAAGAAAUGUGGAUGCCAGAAGAACAUCACUUUACAGAGGAAGAGUAUUAUCAAGAGCCAAUAGGAGGACCCCACAGGGGGAGAGGCGGGCCACCAAUGAUGAGAGGAAGGCCUCCGAUGGGAAGAGGUGGUCCUCCGAUGGGAAGAGGUGGUCCUCCGAUGGGAAGAGGCGGUCCUCCCAUGGGAAGAGGCGGUCCUCCCAUGGGAAGAGGCGGUCCCCCUAUGGGUCGGGGAGGUCCACCAAUGGGUCGGGGAGGUCCACCAAUGGGUCGGGGAGGUCCACCAAUGGGUAGGGGAGGACCACCAAUGGGCAGAGGAGGUCCCCCUAUGGGCAGAGGAGGCCCACCUAUGGGAAGAGGGCUACCCAUGGGAAGAGGAGGACCACCUAUUGGAAGAGAAGAGCCAAUGGACAGACACUGGGAAGAACCUGAGUCAACUGAGUACUUGGAGGAAGAAGACCCUUACUGGAUAGAAAGGAGACCCCCAAUGAGAGGCAUGAGACCUCCGUUUCCACCUGGCCGGGGUCGUCCCCCUCGUGGUCACCCUGGUUUUAUGCCUCAAGGACAAGGCCGCCCCCCUUACCCACCACAUGGGCCAAUGGACCAUGAGCCAUUGGGCCAUGGAAUGGAAUCUGAUGAUGCCAAUAUGGAUCCAUCAAGGCACCCCAUGUACCAUGGACAUGAACCUCCGAGCCAUCCAAUGCAUCCUGAUGUGGUACGAGGCAGGCGUCGUGUGCCACCACCUCACGAAAUGAUGGAUCAUUUAGAGGAGCCAUUGUACGAUGAGGAAACGGAGGGAGAAUUAGGUUGGCAACCACCACAUGGCAGAGGUCCACCACCACCUCCACAUGAGAUACUAGAUCGGGAAGGACUGAGGAGGAGGCCUAUGGGUCGAGGAAUAGCAAGGGGCAUGUGGCGGCCACGUCCAACACAUGAGGAUUAUGAAGAGGGAUAUAAAGAGGGUUAUGCUGUAGAUUAUGAUCAUGGGGAAGAUGGGUAUCGUUGGCGGCCACCACCAGACUAUCGUCCUGAUGACUAUCGUCGUGAUGCAAGGUACCAUGAGUCUGAGUGGGACAUGGAGCAUGCUCUCCCAGAAAGGGACUAUCCCCCCCGCAUGCCACCACCAGAGCCAUUCAGAGAAACCCACUGGCAAGAGGAAAGAGAAAGAGGUCACCCAUAUCAAUAUGAUGAACUUGACCGGGGAAGAGGAGAACUCAGAAUUCGUGAAUACAGGGAUGAGCCACCUUACCGGAAGGAUGAGCCACCUUAUCCACCCCCUUCGGACUGGGAUAGGCCUUCCAGACUUCCUCCACCACUAGAAAGAGGGUAUCCAACAGACUAUGAAGAUCGUAGACCUCGCUAUGAGGAACAAAGAGAAGAGCUUCCUUUGGAUAUACCUCCACCUGCUGCUGCACCUGUCACAAACCUGCCUGAGAGUUCAGUUGAAGCAAGUGGAGCAAAUGUACUUGCCCUCUCCCAACGCCAACAUGAGAUCAUCUUGAAAGCUGCUCAAGAGCUUAAACUAAUAAGGGAAUUGCAGGAGGGAAAGACCCCUAGUAGUGAAUCCCAGCCUGCACAAACUGAUGUUAUGCCAGAUCUGCCUGCUGGUCUUCUUGGUUUAGAGAUCCCACCAGAAGUCAGGAAUGUUCUGAAGGGUAUGACUGCAACAACUCAGACUGCAGCCGAACCUGUCUCUCUUGAUACGAAACCUGCUGCCACACAUUAUAAGCCAUCUCUCCCUACUGUACCGGCAACACCGGUGAUUCCAAAGACGGUUGAUUAUGGUCAUGGACAUGAGCCUGGAACCACUGUUGAGCGAAUAUCUUACGGUGAGAGAAUUGUGUUGAGGCCUGACCCAGUGCCAUCGGACCGUGGCUAUGAGAAGGAACCACUUGGUCCGAGAGAUCCUUACAGCAGAGACCCAUAUUAUGAAAGACGAUCAGACCCCUACAUGGACCGUCGGGAGUACAGCAGAGAGAGGGAAUACAGAGAGAAGCCAGAUUACGAACGAGAAAGAUUUGACAGGGAGCGCUAUCCCAUGAGAGAGAGAGAUGACAGCACUCAGACCAUGAAUGAUGAAAGAUCUCCACUGGCAUCAUCUCUACGUUCUGGAUACAGGGAGAGGGACCGGGAUGCUCGAGAUAGGGAGCGAAGUGGCAGUCGUGAUCCAGAUGAACAUUAUGGAAGGCCAGGUUAUGAUAGACCUCCAUAUGAGCGUGCUGUACUUGAUCGCACUGGACCCGAACGUUACAGCCAUAGCCCCUCACCUUACAUGGACAGAAGAAGUUAUCCAGAAGACAGAGGGCCCCCCACUGCACCUCCAAUCCCACCUCCACCUCCUCCACAGCCACCCCCACGAGUCGAGAAGAAGCCAGAAAUCAAGAAUAUUGACGACAUCCUUAAACUACCAGGCAGAUUAUCUCGUCCUGAAAGGAUUGUCAUAAUCAUGAGAGGGCUUCCAGGAAGUGGAAAAAGCCAUGUUGCAAAGCUCAUACGGGACAAGGAGGUGGAAUGUGGUGGUGCACCUCCCAGAGUUCUUGUUUUAGAUGACUAUUUCAUGACAGAGGUUGAGAAAGUUGAGAAGGAUCCAGACACUGGGAAGAGGGUCAAAACCAAGGUUAUGGAGUACGAGUAUGAGCCAGAGAUGGAGGAUACCUACCGGAGCAGCAUGCUUAAAACAUUUAAGAAAACCCUGGAUGAUGGCUUUUUCCCCUUCAUCAUUUUAGACACUAUUAAUGACAGGGUAAAACAUUUUGAUCAGUUCUGGAGUGCAGCAAAAACUAAAGGCUUUGAGGUGUAUUUGGCUGAAAUCACUGCAGACACUCAGACUUGUGCAAAGCGGAAUGUCCAUGGGCGCAUUCUUAAGGAUAUAAUGAAGAUGUCCAACAACUGGGAGCCUUCACCACGUCACAUGGUGCGCUUGGAUGUCCGGUCCCUGCUUCAGGAUGCUGCUAUAGAGGAGGUUGAAAUGGAAGACUUCAAUCCUGAUGAUGAGCCCAAGGAACCCAAGAGAGAAGAGGAAGAAGAGAGUGAUCUGAUAUUGGUCACCUUCCAAGGCCAGGGCAGUGACACCUUUUACUCACUCUAGCUGGAUGUUCAAUUCUGGAAAGUGUUUCUAGACUUCUUCCAUUUUAAAAUUAUACAGCUGUCUAGUAUCUACAGAGACCUUGGAAUUUGCUGGACCUUGUGACUUGGUCAUGGCCUUGAAAUGCACUGUUGCUUGUGGGGCAUCGGUGUGGUCUUUUCUGAGAUACAAUGACUCAUCCGAUUUUAGACACAUCACACGGAUAGUUAAAAUACUUCUGACUUUCAUUUGGAGUGCCACAUCAUAGCCUCUGAAAAUAUCUAUAAAACAGGGUUGGGGGGGGGAUUUUCAAAAAUUCCACAAGUGAAAUCAAGCACAUCAGAAUUGUUUACACAUCAGGAUAUUUCAUCUGGAUUACCAUCCAUCACUAUUACUGGAUGAACUGAAGGCAAGACAAGGAUCAUCAGACACAAACACAUCCCUCCUGAUGAAGAAUUAAAUUGCCUUUGGACCAUCAUUUGAAGUGUGCCAUUUGGAAAAUAAAUGGAUGGAUUCAGGUGGUAAGUAUGGAGCGGUUUUAAUGGGUUUUAGGAGCAGUGUUUUCAAUGAUUCAGUAAUUGUAGAAUUAAAGUAAUUUGUGUUUUAUAUAUUUUGUAUGUAUGUACAAUUCUGUUCAAUAUUAAACAUUUUUUU